GAAAGUUAAACUGUGUUUCUACAUGAAAGUAUGACAACAUAGUAAAGCCUAAAAAAUAGUGAAUUUUAAUUUCUAUGUUUUUAAUGGGGCAUAAAAUUGUAUUAUAUCUCUAAUUGUUGCUAUGGGAGGCCCCAACAAUUGUGUUUUUAAAAAUGUACACAAAUACACUUAAGAUGUUUAUUUUUGAACAGCUGCUAGGUUAUUAUGCGUCCGCAUGAUGCCAAAAUGAUUUCAUUCAAAUAUCAGCACUUAAGAUAUCCCUUAACAGACAUUUGAAAACCCACUUUCCAUAUAUUACGGCGAUAGAGAAGUACUUGCUUAAAUUUAUCACGGUUUUUGAGAUACUUUGCUCAGUAAGUGUGAAGAUGUUUUCCUGCAUUUGGAAAAAACAAAAGAAAAGCCCUCCAGGGGAUGUACGCUCUGGAGAUGGUGAUAGCGCAAGUCUGCAGAAGAGGCUACAGAGAGAGGCAUGGUCUCCCAUUUCCACCACAACCCCUGAUACCAGCGAGGCUCCCAGGACUAGAAAAACCUCCUUCUGGCAACGCUGGUCUCUUCAUAACAAGAAAAGCCCUCCAGGGGAUGUACGCUCUGGAGAUGGUGAUAACGCAAGUCUGCAGAAGAGGCUACAGAGAGAGGCAUGGUCUCCCAUUUCCACCACAACCCCUGAUACCAGCGAGGCUCCCAGGACUAGAAAAACCUCCUUCUGGCAACGCUGGUCUCUUCAUAACAAGAAAAGCCCUCCAGGGGAUGUACGCUCUGGAGAUGGUGAUAGCUCAAGUCUGCAGAAGAGGCUACAGAGAGAGGCAUGGUCUCCCAUUUCCACCACAACCCCUGAUACCAGCGAGGCUCCCAGGACUAGAAAAACCUCCUUCUGGCAACGCUGGUCUCUUCAUAACAAGAAAAGCCCUCCAGGGGAUGUACGCUCUGGAGAUGGUGAUAACUCAAGUCUGCAGAAGAGGCUACAGAGAGAGGCAUGGUCUCCCAUUUCCACCACAACCCCUGAUACCAGCGAGGCUCCCAGGACUAGAAAAACCUCCUUCUGGCAACGCUGGUCUCUUCAUAACAAGAAAAGCCCUCCAGGGGAUGUACGCUCUGGAGAUGGUGAUAGCUCAAGUCUGCAGAAGAGGCUACAGAGAGAGGCAUGGUCUCCCAUUUCCACCACAACCCCUGAUACCAGCGAGGCUCCCAGGACUAGAAAAACCUCCUUCUGGCAACGCUGGUCUCUUCAUAACAAGAUAAGUCCUCAAAGUGAUGUACGCUCUGGGAAUGGCGAAAGCUUAAGUCUUCAGAAGAGCCAGCAGACAGAAGCACCAUCUCCUUCUACCAUCACAACCAGCGAGGCUCCUAGAACUAGAAAAACCUCCUUCUGGCAUUGUUGGCGUCUUCUUAACAAGAAAAAGCAGAGCCAUCUCCAACAAGAUGUGGACGCGGUCACAAUCCAUUCACCUUCAGUGACAGAAAUGAGUUGUUGCACAAGUGAGAAGUCUCAGGGAGGAGAGACUGGUGUCGAGUUCAGGGCCUCACCUGUUCUUGACAGUCCUGUCUCUGCUCACCAUGAGCCGCAUCUCCAAGUAGUCCCACAAUGCUCCACCACUAUACAAUGCACUGGUGAUUUUGGGGAUGUCGAAGAUGGAGGACUGGAUGGUUCUUCUGCAUCUUCCAGAGAAGGAGACUCCCAAACUGGCCAGAACAGCAGAGUGGAAGAGACUGUCUUGUCCUCUACUGCCACAGCACAGAUCAUAAACAACCAAGAGGACUGCAAAGAAAGCGAGGCUGAUGUCCAAGACAACAUCCAACCUGCGUCUGAAAGUCAAGACAAGACUCCCGAGAAAGAUUGGUAUGAAAACUGUCUAGUCUGGAUUCAGGAUGUUUGAAUAGAAUCAUGCAUAUGCACUUACACACAAUUUCUCUGUUUCAACACUCAAUAUAUAUUUGACCUCCCUUAACUAUCACAAAAUAGUCUGCUGCAGAAUUAAAAACUAGGUACUUGGCAUAUUAUGGUCUGCAUGUUUACGUAUUAAGAAUGUUGUGUAAUUACAGAGGUCUGAAUGUAUUUGCGUUCUCUUUCCAGCCCUUGAAGAGCUAACGCACCUGCCAUCAGGGCUUGCAAAAUGAGUCACAUUUCUUUAACUUUUCCACAUAUAGUCACAUUACAAACAAAAAAUACAAAUACAUUUUAUUGGAGUCUUAUGUGAAAGACAAAGUGGUAUACAACUGUGAUGUAGCAAGAAACUAAUACAUGGUCUCUUUUUUUAACAAAUAAAAAACUGAAAAGAGCAACGUGCAAAAGUAUUCAGCAUCCCCCAGUAAAUAUUUCUUGGAACCGCGUUGUGCGGUAAUUACAGCUGCAAGUCUCUGCCAGUUUUCCACGUCUUGUGACUGAAAUUUUUGGCCAUUCUUCUUUGCAAAUCAGUUCAAGCACAGUCAGAUUAGAUGUAGAGCGUUUGUGAAUAGCAGUUUUCAGACCUUAUCAGAUCCAAAGAUUCUUGAUUCGGUUUAAGUGAGAGGUCGACCGAUACAGGUUUUUAGGGCAGAUACUGAUUAUUUUGACAACAUGCAAAUCGGUACCCGAUACGUGAAAAGUAAAAAUAAUACAAUUGCAAAUGUUGAGUACAACACAAAGUAUCUAUCUUUUAAUAAUAAUAUUAUUAAUAAACAUAAAGACACUUUUGACAUUCU